AUGUACUCCGCAGGCUUAAGCAGACAGGGCUCCGCCGUUGCCCGACAACUCCUUGAUAUUGGCUGGACUGUACGUGCCACAGCUCGCAACAUGGAGUCACCCAAGGCAAAAGAGCUCCAAAACAUCGGUGUUGAGUUGACCCCUGGCGACUGGGACAAUGAAGAAACUCUCAAGAAAGUCAUAGAGGGGUGCACCCAUGUUUUCUUGAACGUGGUACCCAACCUCGCAACCUUCACCUCUGAGGUCCCUCACGCCAAGAGAAUCCUCGAUAUGGCCAAGCUCACUGGCGUCAAACACGUUGUUUAUUCCAGUGGCAUGGCCAUAAAAGACCUCGAAAAGGGACCAUACCACAAUCCGGAACACCCGGUCUGUCGGGGACAUUGCUGGAAACGCGACAUUGAGAAUCUUGUCCAAGAGAGCGGAUUUGAUGCCUGGACAAUUCUUCGCCCCGGGUUCUUCAUGUGCAAUAUGCUUGACCCCAAGGUCAACAUGAUGUAUCCCGAUCUCGUGCCUCAGGGCAUUUUGAAGACAGCGUAUACACCUGAAACACGUCUCCCACAGGUGGAUGUGGAGGAUAUUGCCAAGUUUGCCGUGGCUGCAUUUCGUGAACCAGAACGCUUCAACCAUCAGUUUGUACCGAUUGCGAGCGAGAAGUUAACUCUUGCUGAAAUCACAAAACAACUUGGGGAAGCAACUGGAAGAUCUUUCAGAACCACCUUUAUAACUGACGAAGAGAUUGAAGAGAAGAUGGCGACAGAUUUUUUCAUUGCCAUACAGGUCAUGGCCCGAGAACUGGAGGACAAGGUCGAUAUUGAGGAUGUUCAGGGAUGGGGAAUUCCUUUGACUUCGUUUGAAGAGUUUCUUGAAAGGGAGGAGUCGUGGGUCAAAAGCACCUACCUGUGA